UAAAGCUCAGAUCCAUAGUUAAAUCUGCCCAACUUAAUAACAUGUCUACUUUCUCGGAAAAUCUUCCUUAUUCCUCCUCUUUUGAAGGAGAAGCUGACACUUUAUUAAACGAAAUAGUUGAAAAUUUAUGUUCCUCUGCGAAGGCUCAGGAUUGGGGGCCGGGUUGUGGUUUUUGGGUAAAACAACUCAAUGGCUAUCUCGACCUGCAACACCCCUUAUCUUGUCAAACUCGCGCUCAAUUAGCUCGCGUUCUUUUUGAACUUGUAAUUACGCCGGGAAUUGAUACUUCACAUGCUGAAGUUUUUUCAAAUACUUGCGUACGCUUGCUCAAAAAAAAAGAUAAAAUUGGGCCGGAAGACCUGACACUACCUUGGGAGCCGUUAUUUGAUAUGAUUUACAGAAUAUAUUUUCCAAAAGGCCGUCAAAAAACUCUAAUAAGUGAAUCUAAACAAAUAUCGGCUGUAGUUCGUUUAGUAGAACAUGCUCAGAGAUUUUUCCCCCCCGAGGCUACGAAAGAUAUCCUUGCCAGGGUACUUCCACUUUUUCACGCCAAUAACGUUGGAGACGCUUUUACUGUACAAGCAUUUUUAGUUCGCUUCCUUCCAAUUGGACCUUCAAAAACACCCGAGUAUUCACCUGCAAAAUGGCUACCAACAAUAUUUUCAUUUUGGUAUCUCGUUCCUGGAUUAUUACUCUUUCAAACAGAAUUUAUUGAUCUUGUGGCUCGUGUUGCCGAGGAGAAUGUAGUAGUUGAAGAUAUUAAACCUGGAAAUAUUGGGAUUUUCACUCAAUAUCAAGUCAAAACUGUGUUUGCAACCGGUCAAAAAAUGAUGGAAUUACCUGUUGGUAGUUCAAGCAAUGGCAAUAAUAAUUAUGGAAGAGGUGGUGGAUCAUUUGGAUGGUCUGCACGAGUAGAUCAGAGAGCUGGGAGUGCUAUGAUGUUAAGGAAGAAAGUUGACAAAUUUAAGAUGUUGGCUAGAUUUAUUGUUUAUACGAUAUUUUCAUCGCCUAAUUCAUCUUCACAAGAUGAAACGACUCUUACACACUUAUCAAACAUGAUUCAAGCUACUGAAUCAUUUUAUCAUCCAAGUAAUUUUGGUAGAUGGACAUUUUCUAUCGUCAGGUUUUUACAAUUUCUUGGCUGGGAAUUCUUAAAGCGAUGGACAGAUGAAAACAAGCCGGAAUGUAAAACUCCAGAAUCGCGUCGAUUGACUCCAGAACUUAGACGCCAGUUUGUUCUCACUCUUAGAGGUGUCACAUUCCUGUCAAUGUUUGGAAAGGAUUCAUUGUCUGUUGGUUCAAGUCAGGCAGCUUUGAAAUAUUUAGCAUGGCUGGAGCCUACAUUAAUUUGCCCUGGGUUGUUAGAACGUGUUUAUCCUUCUCUUGAAACCUUGACCGAGACGCAUAGGACAACAUCUUCGAUUUCUGCACUUUCUCUUUUGGCCAUUCCAUUAUUUUCUCGAUUUCAUUAUCCAGCUGGAGGAAAGCAUUUAGCACCCCUUCUUCAUUUAACAAUUCCUGGUAUUGAUAUGAAUGAUCCAAUAAAGACAAUUUCAUCUUUAAUAUUUUUGACACAUGCGAUCAUGGGAGUCCCGUUAAGAGAUUUGACUGAAGGUAGUUCCGUUGAGUCUGGAUUCAGAUGGACCGGUAUGGACAUUGACGAAAGAGAAGAAGACAAUAUGGAAAUUGAUGAACAGGAGGAAGAUGCUUUUUGCAAAGCUAGUACUGCGGAAUUUGAAGAAUGGCUUGCAAAAUUUUUAAGACGCGUCUUUACAAUUUUCGAAUAUCUUCCACAACAGGAACGAGGAAAAUUAACUUUACAUAACAUGGAAACAGGAUUGGUCACCGUGUUAUUGCAUGCUUGUGAGAUAGUUGGUAUUCAAAUGUCUGAGCAACUUCAAGAUAUGGCACUGAAAAUGGUUAUUAAUUUUGCGUCCACAACAGUACUCCAGAACGCAACCAAACCAAUGGGUUAUUUAUGUUCAACUCUUACUAGUCCUAACCGAAGCAAGGCGCUUGCCCAAUUCAUUCCGCUCUGUCAUUCAAAUAUCCUUAAUGAACUUCAACAUGGUGCAUCAUCAACACCAACUACUUCAUCAACGCAUCAUAUCCAAUCUGACACGACAUUACAUUGGUAUCAGUGUAUUCUUUAUCAUGUAGCUAUGUCGAGUGGAUCUGAAUUACUUAAAUACAAAAAAGAAUUGAUAGAGUUAGGGAAAGAAAUGGUGCAAAGAUGUCGUUCAAGGAAAGGUUACAUGUGGACAGGAAAAUUCAUUCGGAUGAUGUUAGUGGCAUUGACGCAAAUAUAUCCUUUAGAAUGCCGAAAUGUUGAUCCGGAACGAUGGAAUUCCGAAGAAUAUAUAAAAAACCAUCAUAAAUAUUGGGUUGAACCAGGAUGUCCCGAGAAUAUUAACAUUGAUUGGCAUGUACCAACAGACCCAGAAAUCGAUUUUGCAAUGGAAAUAAUAGAUAUUUUCUUAAAACCUACUCUUAGUCGAAUCGAGGACUUAAUGACAAAUAAAACUGACGAAAACGGAAAGGUAUUAAGCAACCGUGAAUUGACUCACGAAUUUUGUCGUCGAUUCAGUGUGGUUAGAAAUUGUCUUAGUGGAAUGACUACUUUAGUAGAAGACGACGGUGAUGAUGAUAUUUCGGAAUUCAAAGAUGAAGAGACCGAAGCUGUAAGACCAACAAAAUCUAUACCUGCUGGUUAUUGCUUCUCAGAUUCUAACGAUCCACGAAGACAAGGCGCACGAAAAUUACGAAAAGAAUUGGGCGAAUUCCUUCAUAGGCUUGUUACAUAUUUCCGAACUCAACGGGAAGAUGAUGUGGAAAGUUUAAAAAUCCUUCUCAAGAUGAUCAAAAUUUAUCUCACAGAUCGGGGAGUUGAAAAAUCCAAAUAUGAUGCGAGUAAACGCGGUUAUCAAUAUGCGAAAAACAUGUUGAAGACUUCUCGUCAUGAUAAGAAAUAUCCGCGCUAUUUGCUUGUAAAACGAGCUUAUCAACAGCACUUGUGUCGUUUAAAACAAAACGCAUUUGGUCGCGUUCGAACACGAUUGCAUGAUAAUUUACUAAAGGAUUUGGUUGAAUUAUCGCUAAGUUCAUACUCAGAAAUUCGAAAGAUAGCACAAUCUCAUUUGACAAACGCGUCUCGUUGCUUUAUUGGCACAAAACCCCUUAUUAUUCCAAUUUUAUUGGAUGCUUUAAAGCCUACUGACAAGCCAAACUCUGAAAGGAUGAAAGGUGCACUAUAUUUGCUUGGUUCCCGGACAUACAUGUAUACGUGCCUGAGGGAUUGGCGGUUUGUGCCUAAAUUUAUUAUUCAAAUUUGUCAAGCUCAGCAUGAUGAUAAGCCCUCGGUACAAGAAAUGAUACGCAAAGUAUUUUACGAUUACCUUAUGAACUAUAAUAAUACUGCAUUAAAGACGAUUUUUACUGAUAACUUGGAUAAAGCAAUAAAACAAGCCUUAGAGACUCUUUCGAUUAAUAUGAAUGAAAAUAAGUAUAAUAAAAUUCGGAAAAAAGCAGAGGAUAGAUUAGCUAUGCAAAAAAGAGAAUAUUAUAAUCUUGUCGAUACUCUUUUAAAUUUGGUCAAAUCAAAUACGCUUCAUUGGCGCUUCGAGUCAAUGGCUUCGAACUUCUUAGAUCUUUUAGUACGACCAGAGGCACCAACCACUGUAGAUUUAGCAGAGCAUGUAGCCAAAGGCUUAACUUCAGAACUUCCUGCCUUAAGACGUAUAGCUAUAUCAACAACGACGAGAAUAUUAUUUUAUAUGAAACAAAGAACAUUUAUUAAGGGUGACCUUGAGUUAAUAACUUUAGGUAAAUCGGAAAAUCCUUUAAAAAGAACUUACGAAACACCAUGUCCUUUACCAGAAGGUUAUACAGACAACUACUUAAUAUCGGGCCUAACUCCAGUUGAUGAAAGUAAUGCAAAAAAUAUGAUUCUUCAAGAUAAAGUUAGUGUUGGAUGGUAUUUAUGGCCUGAAAAGUUUGAGGUAUAUUCACCACGUACUGCAACAAGCGUUAUGCCAAAACUUAAUCCAGAUUCUGAAGCUGCUUAUAAAAAAUUACUUGAAAGUUUUGAAUCUUCUAAGUUUUGGUCUACUUUAUUAUCAUAUCUAUCACAAGAAAUUUCACGAGAUAGAGAAGACAAUUUUUCUACCAGCAAUGCAAAUUUAUUUAAAAGUAUUUUCCAGAUUUAUGAGGAUUCUUUCUUAGAGAUCGUUAAACCAGAGGUAACUAAAUUAUGCGAAUCAUCGGAGAAGAAUCAGCAACGUGCUGCAACGGAAAUAUUGGCAGGUAUUAUAAGAGGGAGCAAGCAUUGGCCUCUUAAUAGAUUACAGGCAUUAUGGAAUUGGUUAAUUCCUUUAUUAGAACACACUUUUAAUUCAGUCACUCCGGAUUCUCUUGUAUAUUGGGAGAGGUUCCUAAGUUAUGUCCUGCGUAAUCGUGACCCACGACGAGUGUUGCCUCUUGUUGAUUUGAUUUUAAGUUCACAUAUCGACCCUACAUCUCAUGCUUCCUUUGCAGAAGCAAAGGAAUUAUUAUUUGUAAGCACACUUCUCAAUUCUUUUUCAUGGCGAAUGCUACCGAGAACACAACCGUUAUUAGAUGAAUAUUUCGCAAAUAUUCGUCAUCCUUAUAAACAAGUACGCGAUACUAUAGCAGCAAAUAUUAAUCUGGUGUUGCAAAUACAAUGGUAUCCUUCUGCUGCUAAUGUUACAGAAAUACUUGAGAGCAAUCUCCAAGUUGGCGAGGGUGUCGGGUUUGUAGCAUCGAAAUUAAAUGGAAAUUUUCAACAAAUAUUAUCGGAUUUGGUAAAAUCGCUGGAAAUCUGGCGUGCGGAAAAAAGGCCAGCAGCAGCUGGAUCUUCAGAAUACGGAAAUGCUAGCAAGACAAUACUUGCAUGGCUCUAUGAUGCUCUUACAACGUGGCAGUCCACUGGAACAUAUCCAUUGAUACUUCCUUUAUUACCUUCUGUAUUCCUCAUGCAGGACGUUAAUGAUGACCAAGAUCUUCAAGUCAUGGCUACCCAUGUCUUGAAUAUUAUCGCAUCCUAUCCAUAUCCUCCUGAUAUGGUACCGAUGAUGAUUGACAAAUUUGUUGAGAUCUUGACGGAAUCUUCAAGUUGGCAUGUUAGAGUAAAAGCUUUACCUGUGCUUCAGGUCUUUUUCUUUAAACAUCUUUUUAUGUUAAGUAAAGAUAAGACAGAUAAAGUAAUGGAUGUAGUCUCCGGAAUGCUGAAAGAUAAUCAAAUUGAGGUCCGUCAAUUGGCUGCAGUUACACUAUCGGGUCUAAUUCGAUGUUCACAAAGAGAAGCAAUAUCUAAAUUAAAAGAUCAAUUCACUAAGCUGUUAGGGACAAAAAUCCCGCCACGCAAACGUACAGGACAAGCUCCCCGAGCAGCAUUACCCCCAGGCUUUCAAGAAGCUGUACUUACUCGCCACGCAGCUGUUCUUGGAUUAUCUUGUUUGAUUGAUGCUUUCCCAUAUGAAGUUCCAAAAUGGAUGCCCGAAGUUUUGGUUAAACUUGCAGAAUGUAUAUCAGACCCUGUUCCUAUACAGACAACUGUCAAGAAGACAUUUGCAGAUUUUAGGAGAACACAUCAGGAUUCUUGGCACGAAGACAUGAAACAAUUUACGGAGGAUCAAUUAUCUAUUCUAUCUGAUAUGUUGAUUUCACCGUCUUAUUAUGCAUAAAAGUGGUAUUUUAAGGAUUAAAUGCUAUCUUAAUAGUUUAUUAUAAUUUCUGUGUCGAUCGUUUCUAAUUUAUAUAGAUUAAUUUUGUAUUCGCAAUAAAAGUGUUAUUUAAAUGCAUUUUCCAAAGCUAGCUAGUUAUAUAGUAGAUGAUCUACUUAAUCCGGAAAUUUCAUCGGUUGAUAAAAAACCUUAGUUUCAAAGCCGUCAAAUUAAAAUUCUGUUUACGUUUAUCUUUUAAGCUCA